AUGCUUGAGAACUUCUCUCGCGCUGUGCGCAACUACGUGCCGACUUCCAUUCCUGUACCUGCCUCCGCACCCUCUCCGCCGCGGGUAUCGAGGCCUGUUUCUUUUGGUAGCUUCAUGGCCCCUCCUGGCGCUUCAAGUCUGUCUCCACCAGGUCCAAAGAUACCCGUUGUCUCUCCAACCACCAGGAAGCUGCUUGGCGAUGGUCCAAUUGGAAAUCAGGAGACUUGGAGAAUGAGAUCAGGCGCCCAACUUAACUCAGUGGAGGUCGAUGAACCUGCUAUCUUCGGCUCUGAGGAUGAGGACUGUGAAAGCUCGUUUUCAGGAGAUCAACCCCUGGCAACCUACCCUACCGCUGCAGAAGGCGACUCUAUCGUGUGGUCCCGUUGGGACACCCUUAUUGAGAACGUUUCGUCAUUUAGACGUAUACUGCUGCUUGGCUACACCACUGGCCUUCAGAUUUGGGAUUGCACAAUCCUGGGAUCAGUGUCCGAAAUUCUGAAUCUUACUGAUUAUCCCUUUGGGUCCGUUACCUUUGCCAGUGUACUCGCAGCUCCGUACUCCUCUAGAGAGCGUGAUUAUGACAGUUCCAGGCCUCUGCUUGGUGUAGUUUCUAGGUCGAAAGACAAGUCAACGAUGUCUAUUUAUUCAUUGCGCGCCCACAAGGUCGUCAAGCAUCUUCCGUUUGUUAAUGUGACGACCUUUGCUUCGAGUGUACACUUCAUUGUUAUUAGUACUACAAAUCCACCAACUCUGCACAUUCUUUCUUCAGCAUCCUUUACAGAGAUACAUACUAUUUCUUCCCUUGCCAUUCUUCCUUCCUACACAACAAUUCCAUAUAAAGCCAAUACCAACAACAUUGUAUCAUUAACAAAGAUAGAUUCCAUUAACACCAACCACGCUUCUCAUGACUACCCCGCCCCCAUAUUUGCUUUUUCUCAUCGCAUCUUGGCAUAUGCUUCCCCGCCUCCUAGAGCAGAUUCUCAUGUUGGAGCCGUUUCUCAACCCCGUACGCGCCUACACUCCCCGUCAAGCACCCUCGGAAUAUCUCAUGCUACUGCUCUGAAGGUCGGGGGAACCGUCCUCAGCGGGGUAAGGUCCCUUGGUGGAAUGGCAUAUUCCGCCGCUGCGGAGUAUGCGAAAUCUCGCGCAGGCGCGGGAGAUCAAUCACGCGCCGUUCAAGGGCAGUCAUCAGUGAUGAGUGGCGUCAGUAACCUCUUCUUUUCACGGAGCGCCCCUGCUGCGAGUAGCGGCCAUUCGGACCCAAUCGAAGUUACGUCUCCAUCAUCGGCGCUAUUUCCAAAUACCCAAGACCGACAAGAGGAGGUGGAUUCUUCGACACUAUCUUCGGGUUAUCAUAUUACAGUACUGGACCUGGCUUCCCUUUUGUCCAGAGACAGUCCGUCCGUACGCAUCAUUUCCGAAUUCGUCGCAUUCAAGCACCAGCCCGUGUCCGCUCUUAAGUUCACUCCUGAUGGGACCUCCUUGCUAGUAUCUCCUAGGGAUGGGCAAGCUGUUCGCACCUUCCAGAUUCGGCCUACGGCGAGUGUUUUACUUCCCAUCGACCUCAAGAAGUAUGCUAGCGAGCAUCAGGCCGCGCUCAUCGGGCGCCAAUUCAAUGCCGAACAAAGUUCGCCGUGGCACAUGUACAAUCUACGCAGAGGUCGGACAACUGCCGUCAUUGAUGGGAUUGAAGUGUCGACGGAUGGGAGAUGGGUCGCUUUCGGGACUAGGAAAGCGACAGUACACGUCUUUGCUAUCAAUCCAUAUGGCGGAAAGCCAGACUUGCGAAGCCAUAUGGAGAACAGGGUUCGGAAUACAAACGAGCAUGUCCCAUUGUCCGUUGAAUUAUCAUCGCUUGUGCGUCUCAGAUCCGUCAAGGCGUCCGCUCAUAACGGCGUCAGGUCGGGAAUUACCUUUACGUUCCUUUCUAGCGAUACACCGUUGCCUGCCAGCCUCCAGCCUCCUCCCUCUGCCAUAACAUCAUCUCCUAGCACGUCCUCAAGUCGUUCUGAUCUGCAUUCUCCGAUUCGGGCAAAGAAGACUGCCAACUUUCAGGAUCUUCUUCUCUUUGAUCCAUCUGAUGGUGUGCUGUCUUUGCGACGUGUCAUGCUUGAACAACGUCCUCGUGAUACGGGCGCAUUUUCAUACACAUUAGCCAACUUGCCAACGAGCAUGUCCCUUCCCGGUGGUAGCGCCACUGGUCGUGUCAGCACAUCGCCACACAAUCGCGUUGGUGUCGCGUCGACCAAGACUUCUGGCCUUACUCAAAUGAUGUUGGAAACUGCCAGCGAAUUGCAUGGACGGGACACUAUGAUCGCUACUUGGCAGCUUAGACGACACAGAGAUUGGGGCGAAGUUAAGCACGUGCAACGUUUGAAUGCAAGGUCUCCUGGACGAAUGCCUAUCGUAAAGUAUGCGCUCCCGUCAACAAACUUCCUUGCUCAAGCAGAACUGUCUACAUGUUCCAGGUCACCGAAUGUGGUUCCUCGCCUUAUCUAUCUCGCCCACCAAUUUAGCUUUUACACUCUGGGCGAAGAUUACCACGCUCUCAUUCGCCGCAAUCAACUAGACAUCAAAGGGACCAAGAUGGACGUGCGCAAGGAGGUAGAAGUUAGUGCAUAUUCUGCAGGCACUGGAGAAUCUUUUGUGGAGGGAUUUUCGCCUCGUGAUAUGGGACGAGUCGCAUCUUCGUUUGACGAACCAAUGGCAUCUGCCAUAUCUGCUGAUAUGGAGUACCCACGUUCAUCUCGGUCUCUCAUCCCCAUGCUCCCGAACGGGGCUGGUUUGAAGCCACGGUCCUUCAAGAACCCCAUCCCCAUCCGCGCAAUGACGUCGAAUAUCGCCGAAGGUGUCGGAGAAGGCUUUGGUCGCAUCAGAAGAGAGAUCAAGCGAGUUCGUUCCCCCCAGCUUGUGUCACGAUUAGAGGGUCUAUCGGCGUCCGUUCCUCUCGAGUUUGAUGAGAAUGACGAGGAUUUAGUAUUUCCGGGAAUGGAACGAGACGAUGACGUUGCGGAUGACAAUACGUCCAGAGGCGAAGAUGUCACGGACCCUUCAAUUGACACACCACCUACCGAUGCGGAGCUGUGCGACGAAGGCACAGAAUUAUGGCAUGGUUGGACAGAAGAGGAUAAACUCGCCGUGGACGAGGCAGAACAGUUUGACGAUGUCGUCGGAUUUUUGGAUGAGGAGCAAACGCCGGCUAUUCAAGCGGAACAAAGGAGGGCGAACAGGAAACAGCUUUGGUAG